GUGAAGGUAAACUGUAAAAUGAAAGAUGCAACGAACUUUCGACCGAGCCCUUAACUAAAUAUGUGUCAAUGAACUCGAGAAACUUCUUUGUAUUAACUAGGGGACUGGCAAUGAAGGCUGUACGUGUGCACACAUUUGGAGGACCAGAAGUCUUGAAAGUAGAGUCUGAUGUUCCGAUUCCUGUUCAUUCUGAAACCCAGGUUUUGAUUAGGGUUGGUUCAGCUGGUGUUAAUCCAGUUGACACAUACAUUAGAAUGGGAUUAUUUGCUCAAUUGCCAACUCUGCCUUACAUCCCUGGACGUGAUGGUUCUGGAACUAUUGAAAAAGUUGGCUCCAAAGUUGACACACUCAAGGAAGGUGAUCGCGUUUUCUUUUCCGGAGCCAGCGGCUCUUACGCCGAGUACGUUGCUUGUGAAUCGCAUUCAGUGUUCCAUCUGGCUGAUCGCCUCUCCUUCGCCCAAGGGGCCGCUCUAGGUGUUCCUUACUUCACGGCUUAUCGCGCUAUAUUUAUCAAGUAUAUAAAAGACACUCUGCUUUCACAUUUCCUUUAUUUUCAAUUCAAUCUAAUGGUUUUUAUUCUUCUUCCCCCUCUUGUGUUGUGCAGAGGAAAGGCCAAGGCCGGCGAUCGUGUUUUGGUUCAUGGAGCCAGUGGAGCUGUUGGUUUAGCCGCUUGUCAAAUCGCUAAAGCGCACGGAAUGACCGUCGUUGGAACAGCAGGUUCUCCCCAGGGGAUGGAACUGGUGAAAAACAAUGGAGCUCAUCUGGUAUUCAAUCACAGGGAGAAGGGAUAUUUGGAACUAGCUGCCGAAGCGGUGGGCGGUGACGGUUUUGAUGUUAUUAUCGAAAACGCAUCAGACAUCAAUCUCGGCUCGGAUUUGACCGUCAUUGGUCCGGGCGCUCGUGUUGUGAUUGUGGGCAAUCGAGGCAACGUCGAAAUCAGCCCUCGUUUCCUGAUGACAGAGGAGGCCUCUAUCGUCGGAUGCGCCCUUUUCAGAUCCACUCCGGAGGAGUGGCGUCAAACGGCCGCGUCGGUGGUGGCCGGCGUCGAGAUGGGCUUCCUGACGCCGUUCAUCGACAGAGAAUACCCGAUGGAGACGGUUCAAGAGGCUCACGCCCAUGUUCUCAGUCACGAAGGAGGAUCACGUGGCAAACUGGUCCUGACAAUGACGUAGAUGUCGUCAGCGAAUGAAGACGGAACAUACUUUUUUUCCCUCCUAUAUUUUUUGGUUGCAAGCUCUUUCUUGAAUGAACGCUGCAUUUUAUGGACAGUCUGUCUGAGAUUGCCACUGUUCUUCUCUCUUAUUCUAAGGUGUAAUGGAUCUUCCUUAUCUCUUUUUAUUUUUUUUUCUAAAAUGUAUGAUUCGGUCAUGUGUGUGUGUAUGAGCGCGUCUGAAGGCUUCGCCAAAGGAAUGUCGCAGCGAAAGGAAUUCACUACCGUGAAUCGUGCAGCCCUUUCUUCCUCCCCCCUUACUACCCCACCUGACCUGCCUUAUACGCGCACUCAAAAUACAUUAGACAUUAUAAGAUA